AUGGUACCUCCUGCCACCGAUAUUAACGUCAUUCCAAGCCUCCGCGCGCGCGCGCGAUCGACGCCACUGCGCUGUCCUCUUCACACUGAACCGACGACUGACCGACGCAUAUUCGUUAUCGCUGAUUCACCGAGUGCGUUCCUUCACGCGGUCGCUUAUGGUGCGUAAAAGUUAUUUCUGCACACUUGUGCCCGCCGUAUGCUUGCAGUGUGUAAUGGUCGAUAAUGACGACUUUUCCGGCAAACAAACCGGAGGGAGAGAGAGAAACGUGCAAAAAAACAAUACUCACUGAGAAUGGAUGCGAAAUCUGGCUAAGAGGUGUUAACGGGCCGGCACCUGGAUGUACAGUGCAGAGCAGUAGUCACUGGAGUCAAUCAGAGGUGGCCAAUGUUUGUGGAAUUCUUGAGAGUCAGAUGUGGUUACGUAGCCCCACCUGAAGCAAACGAACCCCAGCCAUCUGUAAUACGGGACCGGCGGAAAUAGGGAGUUUUUCAGGUGGGGUCGGAGAACGCACAGGAUACGAGGUCAAGUAGUUGUACGCAAAAAGCAAGCUAUUGGAGAUGCGCGGUGGUACUUUGAGUGGCUGAGAAAUAGUUACCCUAACCCCUAAUCCCUAUACCCUAACCGUGACCACUGAUCAUAACCCCUAAUCACAAUCCCUGACCCUAACCUCUAAACCCAACCCCAACAGUAUUGUGUCUAUCAGGUAGGGCACCAUAACCAUAUCUUAACCGCUGGAAAAUUGGGCUUACGCUCAACCACUUCAGGCUUUACAGCAGCGUUAAACUGUAAACCAGAUGGCUAGCAUGACAUACAUAUCACCUUCGGCUGGUGGAUACCUUCUGUACUUCAUACUUGUGAGGAAACUGCUACCUCAGGACGGAUUCUUAAACUCAGUCGACAUACUCCUAAAUAAGUGCUUACGAAGGAGACAGCAAUAUAACUCUGAUGCACUUAUGAAGCUGUGACUAAGCUCUGAGAAAAUUAACAUUGCAUGAACAAAACGUGCAAACUUCGGAAGGCAUUUGGCGUCAACAAGUGCUACUUAUUUUUUACGUACAGGGGAAACCUCUUCUAGCCGUUGUGCGCAUGGUAUUUCCACGAUAUAUAUCAUAAAUAUGAUCGAUAAUCAAUACAAGAAUAGAGAUGGAAGAUGCUUGACAUUGAAACAAUAUCUGCUCACCGGCAGGCAGUUGCACUGAUCCUCUAAGGCAUUAGCUAAGGAUUCCGGCAACCAGCUCUCUCUCUCUCUUGAAUGUAUCCUAGCAUCCGAUCCCGAUCCAACUCCUUCCAUCCCUGAAUGCAACCCUCCAUUCAGUACCUACUAUCCUGUGGUUAGAAGCAAAAACAUCAUUCUAGAGCCCUUUUGGGUACGGACAUUUAUCUGCAAAUCAUACGUCUAAACGACAGAUCUGGACUCCACAAGCUGUUGGCAUACCUAACGCCACAUCAGCGUUCCCCCGCUUAGUUCAUGUUGUCGAUCAUGCGACGAAGAGUGACGUUUCUGGGCUAGUCCUCAUCCUCAGCCAGAGAUGCUCCAAACCCCGGACUGCACACUCAAGAUUAGAAAUCUGACUCGCCUUAAUGUGAGACGCGUCAAGUCGACUGACACAAUUGGGGGUAUUUAGUAAAAUAAUAGUGGCGGACAUUGAUCUGUCUAGGCCGUGGGAAUAAAGUGAACAAAGCCGCUUUGUUUUGUAGCUAGUCAGGCACCGCUGCUUGGCUGCACGGUCGAGACCCGAACCCUGAGUCAGCAGAGAAGUGAGCAACGGUCUCGCUACCGCACUCACAGACCCACUGCGCAAUGUGGACUAAAAUGGAGAGUAUUUUUUUCGCAUUGGAGCUGCGGACGUAGAACCCACAGUGGUUGUGUGCAUUAUGACCAACUAUUAGUAGUCGAGGAGAGUUCACCGAAGAGCACAGGGCGAGUUGAAUGGCUUCGGUCAGUCAAGCUGAAUCCCAGGUUUAAAAAACACGUGAUUCGAGUCCGGCCUCUACAACUUCUAAGCGCUAAUGCAGACUUUCCAGAAAGUCGCUAGCUCAUUGCCAUGAAGGUAGAAGUAAGAGUGAGAGUUCACGUUAGAACACGAUAAUAUGAAACGCCUCUAAAAUUUAGCGCAGGACCACCUGCAGUACGGUGGGAGGUCCAUCUUCCGGUAUCCGACCGAAGCUCGUAGGAUUUGGGUACGAGUGGCUGACGACGGCUCACAAGCCAGAAAGGGCCACUACGACCUGUCCUUUCUUUGCCAGUGUGGAGCUCUUAUGCGCAAAAUAAGACAGGAUUACGUUGCACAACCGCUGUUGUCCACAUCCUGCCCAGCGGAGUCGCCAAACGAAAUUCUGGUGGUCCCAAUGCCUUCAUCAACCAAAUAAUUUUUGGCCCAAAAGGUGGUCGCGGAAUUAACUAUUGGUAGGCUCCGGUCCUCAUCUUAUCACCAGUAUUGAUAUCUGCCUAAGACCGUAUUUACUCUGACUCGUAAUCAUCCGUGGUUAUACAUAUGUGGCGGCCUGUUGCCGCCUGCACAUUUAUAAAAGAUUCUGGACUUAAAUUUUACUGUAUGAAAUGCAGUCAAGGGAAGUCGUGAAAACGUUUUGCCUAACCUUUCAUUGAACUGGUGUUUUCUUGGGCCCAAAAUGAACAACCGGGGUAUAUUUUAUGUCCAUGUGUUUGGCAAGUGAUGCUUAAACUUCUGCCCUUCUGGAACCUUCAAGUAUUUCACUGGGAAAAUGCCAAGUUCGCUUAUCUCUUGCCCUCUGAAUGACACAGUUGCGAAGGAUUCGGCUCAUCAGUGGGUCCCCAAGCGUCCGCAUUGAGCUUCCUGAUACAUACAAUGAAUGUGCUGUCUUAUAACACAUUAGCCGAAAUUGUGAACUGUAUUUUCGAUUAGGGAAAGUUGUUUAAGUAGGUUCGUUAGACUGACUGUCGAGCAGCAUGGCCACAAAGUAUUUCAGUCACGGCAGGAUGCUGACUUUUGAACCAAUUUCCUUCCAGCUGUCUGCAAGAACUGCACUCUCUGAAAAGUAGCUACUUAAGUAGUAUUGGUUCUUUCAAUUUCUUCUGAUGCCUUAUUCGCUCAAAUAUAUCGUGGACAAAAUAUAUAAAAAUGCAUUCUUACGCUUCCUUUGUAACAGACCACGUCUUCCUUAAAUCUUAUACCUGAAAAAAGGACAUAUUUUGCUAUUGACAAGUUUCUAAUUAGGGCAUUUUAAGACCGCAAGAUGUCUACCCAUAGUCCAUCGUAUCUGUCCAUUUAUUAGUGCUGCUUGUAAAGUAUGCAACAUGAUGCACGAGCCCUACGCGAUGAAUUGUUGGCGCUUGCCCAAUGAGAAAAGGUCGCGAAUUCCUGGCAAUAAUGCACUCCGAUGAGGCAUACAUCAGUCGGAAGGUCUAUUCAGGUGCUGUAUACGAAGUAGUUAAGGACAAAUUCAAACCGCCUCAAGCAAUCCCGAAGAGGUGGCAAAUUAUAAUUAGCAUGCAUUGUCACAGACCUUGACCAAUCACAGACUACUCAGCUCAGGUAACUGAUUUUGCGCACCCAUAGACUUAAGAAAGGCUGGGGGGGGGGGUCAGUCUUGAAAAAUUACCCAAUAAAAGUCAUAAUUUCCGGAAGAAUUUCAUCUUUCCUUUUGAAUUUCUUGGAACGCCCGUUUUUCAAUUCGUUCAUAAUAUCAGAUACAAAGACGUCGGGCUAACUAAUGAAAUGUCAACCGGAAUUCCGAAAUGCGCUUUCAUUUCGAAAAGAUUUAUUAAGUAGGACUGUAAAACUAGUCAGCCUGCAACGUAAUUUUAUAAUAUUUCAGUUACCUCAGGAUGCCGGCUUUCGAAUGAACUUCCUUACGGCUGCAUGCAAACACUACACUCUGUAAGAAAUGACUAUUUAUGUAACAUGAAUUUUUCUCAUUGAUUUAUGCGUAAAAGCAUUCAUUAUUUUGCUCAUUCGGUAGAAAAUUACAUCUUCUUCCAAUUUUGUACUCAAAGGAGGGACAUAAUUCGGUUUUCAAAAACCGAAUCCGCUCUGCGAUUACACUUAGAUUCAGGGUUUCCAAACUACAAGCCGUUUGUUUUCCGCGUACGAAAAACCACACAGUUCUCUGAGGUAAUAAAGGGGAACCAUAUGGGGCUCAUAAAAUUUUGCAUUGAAUUUGAUCCGUAUUGCUAACUUUACGAGCCACAUUAGCAAAUGCAGAGACAUGACGAUUUAUAGCGGCUAUUUCACUGUGUUUAAAAGUCCCACGAUUAGAAACUUUUGUAAAACUGAAUUAUGUCCCUCCUGGGAGUAUAACAUAAGAAGAAGUCGUAGUUAUCUGCUGAAUGAGCAAAAGAAUUAAUAUUUUAUGCAUGUUUUUCAUGAAAUAUAAUUGGUAAUUUAGGGGCAUCGAAAAGCAAUGAGAAAAAAUCAUGCCACUUAAGUAGCCAUUUCUACGGAGUAUAAUUUUUGCAUGCAGCUGGAAGGCAGUUAAUUCGAAAGUCGGCACCCUGAGAUAACCGAAAUAUAAUUAUGCUGCAGUCUGACUAGGUUUACAACCCUACUUAGUUAAUCUUUUCGGUUGACAUUUCACGAGUUAGCCCACCACAUAAGGAAGAUACAUAACCUUUGAAGAAGGAGACGCGGUCGCUGGAACAAGGGUUUUAUUAGCCUGACGUUUCGGAUUCCUGCUCGAAGCCAUCAUCAAAGACAAAAGCAGAUACGGGUGAUUCAUGCAUAAGGGGCUGAAGUAUUUAUAGGAUGCUGUCGCCAUGCUACCGCAUACCUAUGAACAUUUACGGCUCCCUCCUUCAUCCGGGAUCGUUGCCCUUGGUGUGCUAAUUGUUUGAUGGCCGACAUUCGCGUCGUUAAUGGCUGCAAUUUUAUCACUUGUGUUUGAUGCUGGUGUGAUGAUUGCUCGACCAUCUGACCCACCGAGCUCGGAGUUGGGAAAAGUGUUCACUUGUGCGCUCACUGCGUGGCUAAUUACUCCGCCUAGGCGAAGUCUCAGCACCGAGUACGGAAGGGGAAGGUCAUUGCACUUGUUAAUAGACUGGAGGGCAGUAAACCACGAUUCAACUAGCUCCCGGCUCACGCGGUUGUCACCUCUUGCGAGAAUUUCGGCCUUGUUGAAUUUGAAUGUGUGGCCGGAUCUUGUCGAAUGGGCCGCAACUUGAGAACUGGCGUCAUUUCUCCGCAAUGCUGCUGCGUGUUCGGCCAUUCUCGUUCGGAACUGUCUUCCGGUUUCUCCGACGUAGUUGCUUUGUUCGCAACUGCGCCAGAUCCGAUAAACGACUCCAGACGUUUCUAGCCGUGGCAGUGGGUCUUUCGGUUUCAUUACCUGACGCCUGAUGAUUGCCUCCGGUAUGUGUGCAACUCAAACCUGAAGUGGUGCGAGAAGGUGGCCGACAGCUUCCGAAACGUUAUUGACAUACGGAAGCGCUCGCCAAUAUUUGGUGUCCGUGCGGUUAGGCCUUUCGUCCCUUUUCGGUAUGCAGCAGUUGACAAAGUUGCGCAGGUAGCCAUUGGCUUUGAAUACCCGUCCGAGUUAUCGUAGUUAGGCAAUCUUGUCUUCCGGCUCACUGCAGUGUGUUUCGACACGCCGAUAGAGCGUCCUCUCACAAGUGCGUUUAUGGCUGAUUGGGUGGUUGCUGUUGAAGUUCAGUACUUGCAUCGUAUUUGUUGAUUUCCUGAACACUUUGGACUUUAGUCCGCCACCUCUCUUCGCUUCUAUUGGCAAUAGAGGCAAUUGAGGUUUUAUAAAACCGAAAGAUACUUCCUCAAGUAUAAAAUUAAACUGCGUCAUUUGCACGAGAGAAAGCAUUUUGCAUUUGUUCUUAUGAAGUGUAUGUUCAAUUAUGAGGGAUUUGAAAAUCAUUGGGAUCACACUACUUAAGUAGUCAUUUUUGGGGAGUGUAGCUUUUGCAAGCGGCCGAAGAGAAGCUCGUUCAAAAGCCCGCCUGCAAUAUUUUCUGAUUGUGUUCUGCGACAGUUAGUCUUACGACCCUACAUAAGUAAUCUUUUUUACACGUAGACAUGCUUCAGAAUUGCAGUUAACAUUCCAUGAGAUAGCAUAUCUACGGUACUCCUAUCUCCACUGCUAAGAUUUCUAUUUUCACCUUAAAUUAAUGUGCCAGCCAGUAGCAAACACGUUAGGACAAACCGCAUUUACAAAGACAGCAUCAUAAACAAAUAAGAAGGACAAAUCGAGUGACGUUUGUACCAAAAACUCUAAUGCAGAUUGACAGUUCGACCGUCGAUUCCGACGAUGUCCACCGUGUGCUCCAAAACAAAGUGGAGCAGACACAGUGGCUAGCGUGUGAUUUAAUUUAUAGUGAUGGCAGACUUGCGGGGCAUCUAGCGCACCCUCCCUUCCUCACUCCCUAACUGGAACCGGGGUCAAGACAGAGCCAAGAGGACCGGAGGAGGGGGAGGGCGAAUGUGGAUGGCGCCGUCGAGUCCGCACCUUGGCGUUCCACUCCACACCCCUGGUCCACACAGUAAAUGAUGAUGAUGAUGAUGAUGAUGAUGAUGAUGGUGAUGAUGAUGAUGAUGAUGAUGAUGAUGAUGAUGAUGAUGAUGAUGAUGAUGAUGAUGAUGAUGAUGAUGAUGAUGAUGAUGAUGAUGAUGAUGAUGAUGAUGAUGAUGAUGACGAUUACGGGUAA